GAUUGGAAGCUAGUGAAUGAUAAAGGGAUGUAGGAAGGUUCCUUGUAUUUGCAUUCAUUAUAUUGUGUGUUUUCCCUCCUCUCCCCUCCUUAUAUAUUUCGGCCAUUUGGCCCUUGUAAGGAACAUCUCUGAAUUNAGCACUGAGGGAAGAGGUAGAAAGAAAGAGAGGAGAAACAGUUACAGGGGAAGAUCUAAGUCCAAAGGCAGGAGAGGGAGUUCAAAGACAAGAAGUGACAUCAAGUGUUGGAACUGUGAUGAGUACGGACACUUCAAAAAUCAGUGCACCAAACCACCUAGCGACAAGAAAGAGGUGAAUGCUGCCACAACCUCAGAUUCUGACGAUGUAUUAAUCUGCUGUGUAGAGGACACAGUCGAGUCCUGGAUUAUGGACUCAGGUGCGUCGUUUCAUGCUAUCUCUAGUUCGAGAAAGAUGAAGAAUCUCAGACAAGUCUUGCUAAUAAUCAAACACUGGAUAUCAACUUGGGAACAAUUUGGACAUUGAAAGAUGUCAGGUGUUGAGGAGAGGGGCAACUAGGGAGAUGUGAAGAUCAAGGAGGAUCUUUCAUUUACAGAAGUACAGAGAGAAGCCGCAGUUUGGUCCAAAGACUCCAAGUGGGAGAUUGUUGGUGAUGUGUAGUCAUCGGCCCAAAGUGGCCCACUUGUAGACAACUGAGAGUUAGGAGACCAGAUUAGGGUUUCGGCCGGCCCAAAUGGUUUUAAGCCCAGUUUGCUAUAACUUGUCCAGCAAGGAAUUGAAGGCUCAAGUUGAAUACUUGGCAAAAGAAGUGGCAAAGCUCACUAAAUUCAAGAUGACUAUGGUUCAAACUCCUGAAGAAAGUGAAGAUGAAGAUGAUGCUAGUUCUGUUGUUACCAUAAGAACUAGAAAUCCAGAGAAGUCAGCCUCUGAUUUCAAGGUUGACAUGCCCACUUUCGAAGGAAAGAACGACCCUGAUGACUUUCUUGAAUGGCGUAGAAGAGAAAACAAGUCCCCGAUGACCUCGUGGAACAAGAUGCGAGCACUCUUGAAGAAGAAGUUUCUGCCCGAGAACUACAUACGAGAAAACUUUGCUAAGCUUCAACACUUGAGGCAAGGCUCUCGUUCUGUAGAGGAAUACAACCGAGAGUUCGAGGAACUCUUAUUAAG